AUGCAUCUUCUUCAUUCUCAAAACGACACAGUUUCCACUGUUAUUUUUCUCCGAAAUCCACCGCCUUUCUCACCGGAACAACUCACACCACCGCCUAUUUUACCGGAGGAACUCAUCAGAGAGAUCCUCUUGCGGCUUUCGGUGAAGUAUCUUGUUCAAUUUAAGUGCGUUUGCAAAUUAUGGAAAACCCUAAUCUCCGACUCCCAAUUCGUAAAGAGCCAUCUCCAAAUCUCACGCAUCAACAGCCAACAGUUGGUCUUUUCCGUUUUAGAAAAACCGUACAAAAUCGCAUCUUACUCUUUGGAACCAUUAUUUGAAAACUCAUCAACCCCUAUUGAACCUGUUACCUUCUGCUCCAUGAAGAAUAGCAAGAGGUGUAUUAUAGGUUCAUGCAAUGGCCUGCUAUGUGUCUUUCAUAGCUAUCAUAAUACUGUCGAACUGUGGAACCCUUCUAUCAGGUUCAAAUCCAACAAAUCUCCACAAGUUGUAUCGCGCGAUUGGCUUAUCAUGCAAUAUGGCUUUGGAUAUGAUCAGGUUAAUGACAAGUACAAGGUGCUAUUAGUUGCGCGACAUAAGCGUGAUUUUACUCAAUCUUUGACCAAAAUUUAUACUUUUGGUGAAAAUAUUUGGAAAACCAUUCCCAACUUUUCCAUUAGGCCUACUAGGAGGAUAGGAAAAUUUGUGAAUGGCACUCUGAAUUGGAUGGUAUAUAAAGGUGGUGUUCAUUCUAAUCAAUUCAUGAUUUUUUCCUUUCAUGUAGAGAAGGAGACUUAUAGGGAAAUGUUGCUACCUCAAAAUGAUGGGCCAAUCUAUAUGCGCUCACAACAGAAUCUAUAUGUUUUGAAUAAUUGUCUUUGUAUGAGGGAUCAUAACGGUGUUGUGUGGUUAAUGAAAGAAUAUGGUGUUGUUGAAUCAUGGACUAAAUUGAUGAUUCUUCCUAUACUGAAGAAUGCUCCUUGUUUCGAUGUCCCCUUGUUCAUUUCAGAAAAUAGUGUUCUUUUCAUGAGAACAUGGUCUUCUUCCUUUCACACAUUUAACUUCUUUAAUAAUGGUGCGAAUGAAACUUCUUUUGCUGAACCCUGGGACAUUUCAGAGCAGGGUGCUGUUACUCUAAUACCAAAAUCGUCUUCCCAACUUGUCUUAUAUAAUUCAGAUAUUGACCAGUGUUAUCCUUUGAUAGUUAAAACUAGCACAAUUGGGCUCGACCUACAUAUUCAUUGUGAAAGUUUGGUAUCACUGCAAUGGUAA